CUUACACAACAACACCAACGCACUGAAAGAACGUAAGAGAGCCCUAAAGUGCGAAUCACCUCCUAUAGCUACUCGGUUCUACGAGUUUGACACUUUUCUGAUUCGGUGGAGCAAGAUACAUUGCCGUUGCUAUAACAACCACACUGCUGUAAACAGAGGAUAUGGACGGAGCACCGGCAAAGUCGAGCCGCGAGAAAAGCAGCAAGUCCGGGGACAAAGAUGACAAGUCAAAGACUCACAAGCUCUCCUUGAAGGGCUCGUCAAAGAUGGUGGCCGAGUUUUUCGAGUACUCUAUAAACACCAUCCUGUAUCAACGUGGAGUCUAUCCCAUUGAGGAUUUCACCGCCGUGAAAAAGUACGGACUCAACAUGCUCGUCACCUCUGAUGAUCAAGUGAAGGCGUACAUCAAAAAAAUCAUGAGCCAGCUGAACAAGUGGAUGCUUGGUCAGAAAAUUUCAAAGCUGGUCAUCGUGAUUACAAGCAAGGAGACAGGCGAGCACGUCGAGCGGUGGCAAUUUGAUGUGCAACUCAACAAGUCAUCGUCAUCAAAGUCAGGAAAGAAGAGCGCGGAUAAGGAAAACGCGGCGCCAGCGGAGUCGGCAGCACCUGCGGUGGCAGACAAGCCCCUGUCCGAGGAAGAAAUCCAGGCUUCUAUUAGAGCGCUCUUCAGACAGAUCACAGCUUCCGUCACAUUCCUGCCGGAGCUGACGGAGCCGUGCACGUUCAACGUACUGGUGUACGCAGACGCGGACUCCGACGUUCCCAUUGAGUGGGGUGACAGCGACGCAAAGGAGAUUGAAGGAGGCGAAAAGGUGCAGCUACGGAGUUUUAGCACUAGCAACCACCGUGUAGACACGAUGGUCAGCUACAAGUUGAGCUCAUGAGGAGUGCAGGGAGGAUGGUGAACGGAUGUGAAGGGCGUUCUUAGGUUGAAGUACGGGACGACAUGGUGUAUAAUCGACUCUGCGAUUGCUUGAUACCAAAUGCCACACUUGCUCUCC